UAUUACAGGUAGUAAUUUAAUCAGUUUUAGGUGAAUUACUGGAUAAAAAGCAUUGAAAGCAUUGAAAGCAUUUGGAAAUAUUAAGUAAGUUCAGUGAUAUAACAGUUGACUCAGUGUUGUGCAUGAUAGAGUGUACGCUUGUAACAUGAAUUUUACAAUUACUAAUGGACCUCGAUUAAACGCGUUGGUCGGAGCCGGAAGCAUACUAUAUACAGUGGAACUUCCAUAAAGCAAAUAAAAUGAGUGACGACGCAAGUAAUAAUCAACAGAAUAACAGUUCGACCACUUCAUCUACACCACCUCCAUCACAAGAUAGUAAUGGCAAUGUAUUGGAAAAAAUGCAGCAACAUAUUCGGACAAAUAAAGUCGACGUAGCUAUGUGGGCUACACGCAUACUCACAGUACUCUUUACAUUCAGCUAUGUGGUACCGUUAAUAAGUAACCAACAGAGCUCAUUUAAUAAAGUAUUACUAUCAAGCGCAGCGACUUCAGCACUACGCCUACAUCAGCGUUUGCCUUCAUUUGCAUUUACGAGGGAAUUUUUGGCACGACUCAUUAUUGAGGAUUCCUGUCAUUAUCUUAUGUUUUCGUUAAUAUUCUUUAAUGUGCAACCCACACUCUUAAUUCUCAUUCCAAUUGUUUUGUUCGCCGUAUUACAUGCAUCCAGUUACUCAUUAAAAUUACUGGACAUUAUUGGUCAAAAUUCUUGGUGGGGUGCACGAUUCCUGAUUUCGUUGGUUGAAUUCCAAGCCAGUAAUAUUUUGAAGGCUGCAGCUUUCGCCGAGAUUUUCAUUAUGCCGUUGGCUGUUAUUUUCACCUUCAGAGGAAAGGCAGGAUUGAUGACUCCGAUAGUUUACUAUCAUUUCUUGGUUAUGCGUUAUAGUUCCAGAAGAAAUCCUUAUACCCGGAAUGCUUUUGCAGAACUUCGCGUUAAAGCCGAGGCUUUGGCCGCUUCAUCGCCUGCCGUUGUUGGUAAGAUCAUACAUAGCGGUAUCGCUUUUGUGAAUCGUUUAGCGCCGCAACAACAGCCGGAGCAACCAACAGCAGCCCAAUAAGCCUUCUAUUUUUUAAAGCAUCGACCGUUUAGUUUCCAAAUUAUGUUCCACUAAUAUAAAAAGACAUAUGUUUAAUAUUAUAUUUUACAGAGAAAGUACCUUAAGUAAUAAAAGCGUCUAAAACUAACGACGUCCAAACAUUUGCCUUCAAGGGUUAUAUGAAUAACAACAAAAAUAUAUAACUAUAACAAGUAUAAUUAAAAUGUAAAUUGGAACACACAACAGAUUGGUUUUUAAAUUGUAUGACUACUUCUAUUAUAUUAUAAGGUAUUAUGUAACCGGUAUUUGUUCUAGCUUUUUCCUAUUGAAAGCAUUAUUUUUAGUUUCCUUUCUAUGUAGUCACUGGUGUUAAUGUGCAAUUAUGUCGAAGUUAUGAAUGAUAUCAAUUUGAAUAAAUUAUUACAAUUUGUCAUGGGA